GGUGUUUUCUGUCUGUUUCUGUUCUGACCUGAGACCUGACUAUUAUUUUUUGUAUACUUAAGCGUAUACACGUGUGUGGUGGAAUUGUAAUCUGUUUAAAAAAAUAGAACCUAAUUUUAAGAUGGCGAAUGUUAAUGGUUCUACCAACCCUGACAGUCAGAAUAAUGAAGAGACAAAAGUAAAUGAGGAGGUCAAUGAAAACGGGAGUGAUACCAACAAGGAAGGAACCCCUGCAAAGGAAAGUGCUGCAGAUGUUAAAGCAGAAGUUAUAUUAAAUCCAGAACUGCGGGCUAAAAAAAUCAAAAGACAAAUCGAGUAUUAUUUUGGUGACUUCAAUCUUCCCUCUGACAAAUUUCUGAGAGAAGAGGUGAAGCAGAAGGAUGGUUGGGUAGCUCUUGAGACGAUGCUCAAGUUCAAAAGGUUGGCAUCUCUUACCCAAGAUCCAGCUGUCAUUGUGGAAGCACUGACUGGUUCAGAACUUGUGCAGAUCAGUGAGGACAAGACGGAGGUGAGAAGAAACCCUGACAAGCCAUUGCCAGAAGAAAGUGAAGCUAGACGCAAAGAGAUAUUGGAACGAACAGUCUAUGUGAAGGGGUUCCCAGAGGAGGGUUUUACCAUUGACAAUGCACUCGACUACUUUGAGGCCCCAAAGCAGAACAACGAGCGACGCUGCGACAUUGUCGCGGACACGAAACGCCGAGAAACGCGGGCCUGCGGACACAUUUACGGAGUCAUAACGACGAUCGCGCCGUGGCCGCGAUUAUUGGACCGACGAUCGCACCGUGACCGCUUGCGGACACAUUUUGAGGUUUUCACAGGCCGUUGCAGACACGUAGGAACCAUUCUGCUUUGGGGCUUUGAGGAGUUUGGACCUACUGAUGACGUUGUGUUAAGAUUCUGGCAAGACAAAGCCACCAAGACAUGGAAGUUCAAGGGGUCGGUAUUUGUAAAGUUUCCAUCUCGAGAGGCCGCAUCAGCUUUUUUAGCUAGAGAGGAUGUCAAAUACGGUGAUGAGGUGCUUAUCAAGAUGUUCCAAGAAGAGUACAUCGAACAGAAACGAAAAGAACGACUUGAACUGAAAGAACAAAAGAUGUUGAAGCGAAAGAGGCCAGAAUCCGAAAUGGAGGAUAAGGCAGAUGAGAAGGGACUUCCCAAGAACGCGACUCUUCAUAUGACCAAGAUCCCAGAGGGGCUGGUUCGGGAGACAGUGAAAGAACAACUUGAGGGAUUAGGCAUAUCUGUGGCGUUUAUAGACUACAACAAGGGCGAUUCUGAGGGGUGGAUAAGACUGUUUGAGGAGGGCAGUGCUGAGAAGGUUAUGAAGGAGUGUGAGGAUGGCAUUUUGAAGCUCAAGGAUGGACAGGAAGUGACGUUAAAACCUCUGGAAGGGGAGGAGGAAGAGAAGUUCUUAGAGUCUGCCCGCAAAUCCAUCCUGGACCGUCGAUCUAAACAUAACAAGCCAGGCAGAGGACGACGUGGGGGAGGUAGAGGCAGGGGCCGAGGUGGUUGGGGCAGAGGAAGAAGACAUGAUAGUUCGGGUGAACCUCAGGCUAAAGGAGUCAAAACAACGUUUGAUGAUGAUGACUAAACUACCUGACCAACAGAAACAGUUUUUAAUGAUAUCCAGUAAUUAUAGUUUGUAAAUUAUUUGCAUUAGAACUCCACUAGUUUACAGAUCUCACAUUAUGAUGAGAAAUUGUUACAUUUGGCUUGCCCUACUAUGAUUUCGUAGUUGAAUAUUUUAGUUUCUAAGAAAAGAACCCAACCUUGUUAAAACUUUUUGUUAGCUAAACAAACUGGAUGUUCAUUUUUUUAAAUUAUUGUGACUGAUGUUUUUUUUUUAUGAUUUUAACAACUUCAAGUAAUUAGUAUUUGUGCUGUUUACUGUAAAUAUUCGUGGAAUGGUGUUUGUAUGAAAGAUGUAUGUUGAUAAUGAUGAAAGUUAUCAAAGAAAUAAUAUCUUUUAUUUAUUUGA